ACACGUGUCCGUGCUGGUGGCGGUCCCGGCGGUGUCCCGGCCAGGCACCGUGGGCCCUGCGCCCCCCGCAAGGGUCUGCUGGUCCCUGUCUGUCCCUCCUCCUCCCCUCCCUCCUGGCAGCCAAUGCAACUGGGGAGCCAGUUGCCAUGACGACGCUCCAUCCUCCCUCCAACCUCCCUCCUCCCACCCUUCCUCUGACAGGCUCUCUGCUCCCCCAAUCCUGGCUGCCCUCGGGGGCGGGGCCCUCAUUCUUCCCCCCCCCAUCCUACCCUCUCCCCCCCCACCCCAGCAACCCCGGCUCCCCAGCUCCUCUCCUCUGUCCGCCUCUCCAUCCCUUCAUCUGUCUGUCCCUUCAAAGAGGGGGAGGGGGGUACCUGAGCCAGUAAGCAGCCCCUCCCUCCCCCUGUCCUGCGUCUCCUGCCCCUCUCCUGGGCCGGGGGGAGGCCAGGGUCGCGCGGGUCCCCAUGGCUGGGGGCUGAGGGCCCGCCCCCCCCUCCUCCCCAGCCGCCACCACCUCCACCUCCCUUCCAUCCUUGACAAGAUGCCUGCCCCCGGCGCCCUCAUCCUCCUCGCGGCCGUCUCCGCCUCCGGCUGCCUGGCGUCCCCGGCCCACCCCGAUGGAUUCGCCCUGGGCCGGGCCCCUCUGGCUCCUCCCUACGCCGUAGUCCUCAUUUCCUGCUCCGGCUUGCUGGCCUUCAUCUUCCUCCUCCUCACCUGUCUGUGUUGCAAACGGGGUGAUGUCGGCUUCAAGGAGUUUGAGAACCCUGAAGGGGAGGACUGCUCCGGGGAGUACACUCCCCCGGCGGAGGAGACCUCCUCCUCACAGUCUCUGCCUGAUGUCUACAUUCUCCCGCUGGCUGAGGUCUCCCUGCCGAUGCCUGCGCCGCAGCCUUCACACUCAGACAUGACCACCCCCCUGGGCCUUAGCCGCCAACACCUCAGCUACUUACAAGAGAUUGGGAGUGGCUGGUUUGGGAAGGUGAUCCUGGGAGAGAUUUUCUCCGACUACACCCCAGCCCAGGUGGUGGUGAAGGAGCUCCGAGCCAGCGCGGGGCCCCUGGAGCAGCGCAAGUUCAUCUCGGAAGCACAGCCAUACAGGAGCCUGCAGCACCCCAACGUCCUCCAGUGCCUGGGCGUCUGUGUGGAGACACUGCCCUUUCUGCUGAUCAUGGAGUUCUGUCAACUGGGGGACCUGAAGCGUUACCUCCGGGCCCAGCGGCCCCCUGAGGGCCUGUCCCCUGAGCUGCCCCCACGGGACCUGCGGACACUGCAGAGGAUGGGCCUGGAGAUCGCCCGCGGGCUGGCACAUCUCCACUCCCACAACUACGUGCACAGCGACCUGGCCCUGCGCAACUGCCUACUGACCUCCGACCUCACCGUGCGCAUCGGAGACUACGGGCUAGCCCACAGCAACUACAAGGAGGACUACUACCUGACCCCCGAGCGCCUGUGGAUCCCGCUGCGCUGGGCGGCGCCCGAGCUCCUUGGGGAGCUGCACGGGACCUUCAUGGUGGUGGACCAGAGCCGCGAGAGCAACAUCUGGUCCCUGGGGGUGACCCUGUGGGAGCUCUUCGAGUUUGGGGCCCAGCCCUACCGCCACCUGUCAGACGAGGAGGUCCUCGCCUUCGUGGUCCGCCAGCAGCACGUCAAGCUGGCCCGGCCCAGGCUCAAGCUGCCCUAUGGGGACUACUGGUACGACAUCCUUCAGUCCUGCUGGCGGCCACCUGCCCAGCGCCCUUCGGCCUCUGACCUCCAACUGCAGCUCACUUACCUGCUCUCUGAGCGCCCCCCACGGCCCCCGCCCCCCCCACCCCCACCCCGAGACGGUCCCUUCCCUUGGCCCUGGCCCCCGCAGCACAGCGCGCCCCGCCCGGGGACCCUCUCCUCACCGUUCCCCCUUCUGGAUGGCUUCCCUGGGGCCGACCCCGACGACGUGCUCACGGUAACUGAGAGCAGCCGUGGCCUCAACCUUGAGUGCCUGUGGGAGAAGGCGCGGCGGGGGGCCGGCCGGGGAGGGGGGGCGCCACCCUGGCAGCCGGCGUCCGCGCCCCCAGCGCCCCAUGCCAACCCCUCCAACCCUUUCUAUGAGGCGCUGUCCACGCCCAGCGUGCUGCCCGUCAUCAGCGCCCGCAGCCCCUCUGUGAGCAGCGAAUACUACAUUCGCCUGGAGGAGCACGGCUCCCCCCCAGAGCCCCUCUUCCCCAAUGACUGGGACCCCCUGGACCCAGGAGUGCCUGCCCCCCAGGCCUCCCAGGCCCCUUCCGAGGUCCCCCAGCUGGUGUCCGAGACCUGGGCCUCCCCCCUCUUCCCUGCAGCUCGGCCCUUCCCGGCCCAGUCCUCAGCAUCAGGCAGCUUCCUCCUGAGUGGCUGGGACCCCGAGGGCCGAGGCGCCGGGGAGACCCUGGCGGGAGACCCUGCCGAGGUGCUGGGGGAGCGGGGUACCGCCCCGUGGGCAGAAGAGGAGGAGGAGGAGGAGGAGGGCAGCUCCCCGGGGGAGGACAGCAGCAGCCUUGGGGGUGGCCCCAGCCGCCGGGGUCCCCUACCCUGUCCCCUGUGCAGCCGGGAGGGGGCCUGCUCCUGCCUGCCUCUGGAGCGGGGGGAUGCCGUUGCGGGCUGGGGGGGCCACCCCGCUCUUGGCUGCCCCCAUCCCCCAGAGGACGACUCGUCCCUGCGGGCAGAGCGGGGCUCCCUAGCCGACUUGCCCCUGGCCCCCCCCGCCUCGGCCCCCCCCGAGUUUCUGGACCCCCUCAUGGGGGCGGCGGCGCCCCAGUACCCCGGGCGGGGGCCACCUCCCGCUCCCCCCCCCCCGCCGCCACCUCCCCGGGCCCCCGCGGACCCGGCCGUGUCCCCCGACCCUCCCUCGGCCGUGGCCAGUCCCGGCUCAGGCCUGUCAUCUCCGGGCCCCAAGCCGGGGGACAGCGGCUACGAGACCGAGACCCCUUUUUCCCCCGAGGGAGCCUUCCCAGGCGGGGGGGCAGCCGAGGAGGAAGGGGUCCCUCGACCGCGGGCUCCCCCCGAGCCCCACCCGGGAGCGCCCCGGCCACCCCCAGACCCGGGUCCCCUCCCGCUGCCGGGGACCCGGGAGAAGCCGACCUUCGUAGUUCAAGUGAGCACCGAGCAGCUGCUGAUGUCCCUGCGGGAGGACGUGACAAGGAACCUCCUGGGGGAGAAGGGGGCAAACCCCCGCGAGACGGGACCCAGGAAGGUGGGGAGAGGUCCCGGGAACAGAGAGAAAGCCCCGGGCCCGAGCAGGGACCCCACAGUCCUGGGCAGCGGGAAGAAAGCCCCAAGCCCGACCGAGGACCCGAGCCUCCCCGUGAACGGGGUGACAGUGUCGGAGAACGGGGGACAGAGAGCCCCAGGCAUCGAGGAGAAGGUGGCGGAGAACGGGGCCCCAGGGACCCCCGAGAGAGAAGAGAAAGCGCUGGAGAAGGUGCUGGAGAAUGGGGAGGUGACACCACCAAGGAGGGAGGAGAAAGUACUGGAGAAUGGGGAGCUGAGGUCCCCCGAGAGAGAAGAGAAAGUGCUGGCGAAUGGGGGCCUGACACCCCCAAAGAUCGAGGAGAAGGUGUCAGAGAAUGGGGGCCCGAGACUGCCCAGGAACACGGAGAGGCUGCCGGAGACUGGGCCUCGGAGAGCCCCAGGGCCCUGGGAGAAGGGGCCCGAGAGUGGGGUGUCAGCCCCAGAGACCUCGCUGGAGAGAGCCCCCGAGCCCGGCGCGGUGGCCUUGUCCCGGAACGGCGGGGCGACAGCCCCUGGCCCCACUGGCCCAGCCCCCAGGAGCGGGGUGCUGGAACCCGGGACCGAGAGGAGAGCCCCCGAGACUGGGGGGGCACCGAGAGCCCCCGGGGUUGGGAGGCUGGACCUCGGGAGUGGGGGCCGAGCCCCAGUGGGCAUGGGGACGGCCCCCGGCGGCGGCCUCGGAAGCGGCGCGGACGCAAAGGCCGGAUGGGUAGACAGCACGAGGCCACCGCCGCCACCGCCGGAAGCACAGCCGAGGAGGCCGGAGCCAGCGCCCCAGAGAGCCAGGCCGGAGGUGGCCUCCGAGGGAGAGCCCGGGGUCCCAGACAGCAGGGCCGGCGGAGACACAGCACCCAGCACAGACGGGGACCCCCCCAAACCCGAGAGGAAGGGCCCCGAGAUGCCACGACUGUUCUUGGACUUGGGACCUCCUCAGGGGAACAGCGAGCAGAUCAAAGCCAAGCUCUCGCGGCUCUCUCUGGCGCUGCCGCCGCUCACGCUCACGCCGUUCCCGGGGCCGGGCCCGCGGCGACCCCCGUGGGAGGGCGCGGACGCCGGGGCGGCUGGCGGGGAGGCCGGCGGGGCGGGGGCGCCGGGGCCGGCGGAGGAGGACGGGGAGGACGAGGACGAGGACGAGGAGGAGGACGAGGAGGCGGCGGCGGCGGGCGCGGCGGCGGGGCCGCGGGGCCCCGGGAGGGCGCGGGCAGCCCCGGUGCCCGUCGUGGUGAGCAGCGCCGACGCGGACGCGGCCCGCCCGUUGCGGGGGCUGCUCAAGUCUCCGCGCGGGGCCGACGAGCCCGAGGACAGCGAACUGGAGAGGAAGCGCAAGAUGGUCUCCUUCCACGGGGACGUGACCGUCUACCUCUUCGACCAGGAGACGCCAACCAACGAGCUGAGCGUCCAGGGCCCCCCCGAGGGGGACACGGACCCGUCAACGCCCCCAGCGCCCCCGACGCCUCCCCACCCCGCCACCCCCGGAGAUGGGUUUCCCAGCAACGACAGCGGCUUUGGAGGCAGUUUCGAAUGGGCGGAGGAUUUCCCCCUCCUCCCCCCGCCAGGCCCCCCCCUGUGCUUCUCCCGCUUCUCCGUCUCGCCUGCGCUGGAGACCCCGGGGCCCCCCGCCCGGGCCCCCGACGCCCGGCCCGCAGGCCCCGUGGAGAACUGACUCCCCGAAGA